UCUUUGGAUAUUCCAUAAACAAUCACAAAGCUCUCAAACAUUAAUUCUGAGGUGUUAUAGCUGAUCAAUUUCAACUUGCACUAAUAUAUAGAUAUGGGAAAGCUAGCGAUUCAAUUAUUGUGUUUCACUUUCUUCAUUUCUCUUCUCUUUCAUGCUCUUCCAUCAUCAUCUCAAGAAGUCGAGGACGAAAGAGAAUUCAGUUAUGAAAAAAAUAGUGAAACAGGGCCAGAACGAUGGGGAGAACUUCAUCCGGAAUGGAGUACAUGUAGCAACGGAACGAUGCAGUCUCCUAUUGAUUUGCUAAAUGAAAGAGUUGAAGUGGUCUCCCAUUUGGGGAAACUUAAAAGAAGUUACAAGCCCUCCAAUGCCACUCUUAAGAAUAGAGGCCAUGAUAUGAUGUUGGAAUGGGAAAAUGGUGCAGGAACUAUUGAAAUAAACGGAACUGAAUAUGUUCUUAGACAGUGCCAUUGGCAUUCUCCUUCUGAGCACACCAUCGAUGGCGGAAGGUUUGCUCUAGAGCUGCACAUGGUUCAUGAGAGCCAAGAUGGAAAGGUUGCUGUUGUUGGGAUUAUGUACAUAAUAGGAAGGCCAGACUCUUUCUUGUCUUCUCUCACAGAAAAAUUAAGAGAAGUUUCCGGCACUGAGGAAGAAGAGACAGUGGUGGGCAUAGUUAAUCCAAAGGACAUCAAAAUCGGCAGCAGAAAGUAUUAUAGAUAUAUAGGAUCUCUUACAGUUCCUCCAUGCACUGAAAAUGUUGUCUGGACCAUUUCUAGAAAGGUAAGGACUGUAACUAAGGAACAAGUGGAAUUACUCCGCGUAGCCGUACAUGAUGAAGCGGACACAAACGCAAGACCACUACAACCAACAAAUGGUCGCUCAGUUCAACUUUAUAGGCCAGAAGAAUAUAAAGAACAUUGAAAAUACUCACAUAUACAAAUUAUACUGAUUAGGUAUAAAUAAAUAAGUUCAGUUCAUCAUUGUUUCUUUCCUUCAUUUUUCAUUCUUUUUGGCUACUUCAGUGUAAUAAUGUUAGUGAUUGCUUGUGUGCAUGAAGAGGAAUAAUUUAUGUUGCCUAGUCAUGAUUUAUUAAUUAAUAAUAAAAGUAUUAUUUUUAUUUUUA